UGAAAGCUUGUCGAGUCACUCGCCUCAAACACCAAGUGGCGAACACGGAAGAAGACGACUGGCGGUCCAUGGAGGACACAUAACAUAACAUAACAUAACAACAUAACAUAACACAACACAUCGACGAGGACUCGGCCAGGUUUGGAAACAACCACAUAGAACCAGCAGCAGUCAUUACACAGGAAGAAGAAAAGAGAAUAGGUCAGAGCGCAACAAUGGAGGAAAGUUCCACUGCCGUGCUGCUCGGGACCGUUCUGGUGCUUCCUGUUUUUGCCUUCGUCACGUCCUUGUGCUUCCGGCCCGGAGUUUUCAUCAACGCUUAUAACUGGUUCUGGCGCCGCAAGCUGGGGCUGACGGUGCGCUACUCGUACAGCGGGAGUUACCGCUUCUGUUACUUCUGUCGCGGCACGGCGGGGGACGCCGCGCCGUCGUUGCUCCUGCUGCAUGGCUUCUCCGCCGCCAAAGACAUGUGGCUGCCCUUCGUCAAGUACCUCCCCAGGGGCCAGCACGUGGUGUGCGUGGACAUGCCGGGACACGAAGGGACGAGUCGCACCGGCGCCGAGGACUACAGCAUUCAGGGCCAGGUUGCCCGAAUCCACCAGUUUGUGCAGAGUGUGGGUCUGGACAAAAGACCAUUCCACCUGGUGGGGACAUCCAUGGGGGGCAAUGUUGCAGGAGUGUACGCCGCCACCUACCCUGCUCAGCUGUCUGGCCUCACCUUGAUGUGCCCGGCAGGCCUCGUCUAUCCCACCGAGUCCGAGUUCAUCAGCCGUCUGAGGGAGCUGGAGAAGAAUCCGCAGCAGGAGUCCAUCCCUCUGAUUCCCUCUACUCAUCAGGAACUGGAGGACAUGCUGCGUCUCUGCUGCUACAACCCCCUCAAGCUACCGCGGCAGGUCCUGCGCGGUCUCCUUGACAACAGGCUCCACCAUAACGGUUUUUAUAGAGAAGUGUUCAUGGAGCUGGUCGGUGAAAAGUCUCGUCACUCGCUGCAUGAAAAUCUGCAUUUGAUCACGUCGCCCCUGCAGGUCCUUUGGGGUAAACAAGACCAGGUUCUGGAUGUUUCCGGAGCGUCUGUGCUGCAGGCGGCGGUGCCCAACAGUCAGGUGGUCCUGCUCGAUAACUGCGGCCAUACAAUAGCGUUGGAGCGGCCCAGACUGGCCGCCAAGCUCGUCAUGGACUUCCUGUCUGUACAGGAAGCCAACAGCAAAGACGCUAAAAAACAUUCCUGAUGUUCUUC